AUGUCCCAAAACCCCAAAGCCAAACUCUUCAACAACGGCACAAAUUUCACGCCCACAAUCCACAAAGACACAUACGCCUACAUCGACCCCACGCAACUCGACCUGUCCGGCCGCGCAGUCUUCAUAACCGGCGCCUCGAAGGGGAUCGGAAAAGAAACCGCAAUCAGCUAUGCCAAAGCGGGGGCUUCCUACAUCGCCAUCGCGGCGCGCUCGGGGAUGGAUGAGCUCGAGGGGAGUAUGAUCAAGGCGGCGAAGGAGGCUGGACGAAACGAACCGAAGGUGUUGAAACUUGUGUUGGAUGUGACGAGUGAGGAGAGUGUGCAGAAAGCGGCGGAGAGCACGGAGAGGGAGUUUGGGAGACUUGAUAUUUUGGUCAACAAUGCUGGAUAUCUUGAGCCGUUCGUACCGAUCACCGAGUCCAAGGUCGAGGAGUGGUGGAAGGUUUGGGAGAUCAACAUCAAGGGCCCAUAUCUCGUAACCCGCGCUCUUCUGCCUCUCCUGCUCAAGACCUCGGACAGCCUUCGGACCAUCUUGAACGUCUCUUCCAUCGGCGCGCAACUUAUCGGGGCAGGUGCAUCAGGAUACCAGACUAGCAAGCUCGCCUUGCUCCGAUUUGGAGAGUUCCUGAACAGUGACUACAAGGACCAAGGCGUCCUUUCAUUCGGUAUCCAUCCAGGUGGUGUGCCGACUGAGCUGGCUUUGGGGAUGCCGAAACAGUUCCAGGGUGGGUUGAUCGACACACCGGAACUAGCAGCAGAUUCGAUGGUUUGGCUUACUGCUGAGAGGAGAGAGUGGCUGGCCGGGAGGUAUGUUUCCGUGAACUGGGAUAUGAAGGAGUUCCUGGACAAGCGGGCCAAGAUCGAGGAGCAGAAUCUCUUGAAGGUGCGGAUGGAUGUCGGGAUGGAUUGA